AACCCCCUUUUUUUCCCGCUCGAAGUGCCGUGAAGGAAUAUCUUUAAUUGCAUUCCAGUGGAAUUUCUCUUGCAGCUGGUGCCUGAACUGACGAGAGCGAGUGGGAAUUGUGAAUGACUCUGCCUGAAGGAAGGAGGGAUUUUUGAUGGAGGAAAAAAAGCAGAGAGAAAAUAAGUUCUAUUGGAAGAGGCACUGCAAGCCUCCACUCUUUUGUCAUUCGUCUCUUGCAGAUAAGGGACUCCUCGUCCUCAUUUCUCACACGCUCUUUACUGUGACGGUUUGACUGUCUGGGGAGCUUGCUAGGCAGCGUAUGUAAAUAAAGCAGAGUGUUUCUAUAGGCUGGGCAAACUGCCAGAAAAAGAAAGACAGCAAGAGAAAGCCCUGAAGGUUUAAUGGCAAGAAGCGCACCCUGACUGGAUCAACAAGUCUGAAGACGGACAGCUCCUCAAAUAAUCUGCCGAAAGCACGAGCCAUAUGCACCAGCCUCGAGACGAGCAUUUACGAGAGCGUGGUGGAGUAAGAGGCAAGUCAGACAACAAAUCCUGAAGAUUGACUAGAAGACUUGUUUACCGUGCGUUCGCUUCUGGACACUUGGAUCAUUGUUUAUCUUCAUCCCAAAUUGUGAGUCCAUCAGAAAUCCUUAGUCUUCAAUUCUCGGGGUGACGUGUGUUUUUCUUAACAACUUCCUUUAAUCAGACUUUCCAGGAUUGAAUUUGAAUGAUAAAAGGAGAAGGACUUGGAUCUCGUCUUCCUCACUUGUAUUCUUUUUCCUGCUUGUCAUUUCUGCACGGUUGAAGGACCCCUGCCCUGCACACGAAGACAACCGCCUAAGACUUUGUCUCCGUUGUGGUUCCUGGUCUUCAGUCUAAUUUGUUUCUGGGGGUCUCUUUUGUCUGCACUAGUGGAGUGAAACUAAGUUUGAAUUGAUCUUUUGUCUGAAUCUCGGGUUCUUCUCACGGUGCGAAAACCCUGCAGCCCCCCACUCUGACCCCUCUGAAAUCCCCUCCUUCCAUCUCUCCCACAUGAGCCCCCUCAUACCCUUCCUCCCUCCACACUCCCACACACCUCCUCAUCUUCCAUCUACCACAUGCCGCUGCGAUCGGUGAGCAUGUGAGAGUAGCGUGCGUAUUUGACUCUUGUUAUCAAGCCAGAAACUAUAAGCUGGGAUCAGGUGCGAAGAACAGUGAUGCGUCGCUGGAUGCAUUUGCAAAUGACGGAUUCAGGAUCAGGAGAACUCAAAACCAUUCGCAAGGGAACCACAUUACAAGCUGAGCAUCUGUGAUUGAGUGCAUUUCCCUGCACUUCUGUGGAUAGAGACGGCAUCCCGCCAUGUCAGAAGUGUGAUCGUUGUGGUGGGAUAUUAGAGCCGGAUCUGUUCGUCUGGGGCUCAUCAUGAAAAAGACACGGAGCACUAAUCUGCGUAGGGCCUGGCCCAGUUCUGAAUUCUCGGAUCGGGUCUCUGAGCACACCCGGUCAAGGAGCGAGAAAGACUACCGGCUUCACAAGCAUUACCCUAAACACUUCAUCUCUCACUCUCCUAGAGGAUUCUUUAUAACAGGUGAUGUGUCUCCCAUCAGCAUGUCUCCCAUCAGCCAAUCCCAGUUCAUCCCGCUGGGAGAAAUCCUGUGCCUGGCCAUUUCUGCCAUGAACUCUGCCCGAAAGACGGUCACGCAAGAGACGCUCAUUGAACACUUGGCGACAUGCUUCCCAGGCGUCCCCACUCCAAGUAUGGAGAUUCUGCGGCACACACUCAACAUGCUGGUCCGAGAGCGGAAGAUCUACCCCACCCCAGAGGGUUAUUUCAUUGUCACCCAGCAGACAUACUUCAUCACACCUUCCCUAAUUAGGACUAACAGCAAGUGGUACCACCUGGAUGAGAGGAUACCGCAGCAGCAGCAGCAGCCGUGUACCUCUCCUCACUCAGGUACCAUGACACCCUCCACAUCUGGAUGUGUUCGGGAAAGAACCCACCACAAGAACCACAGUGACUCCUACAACAAUAGUUAUCGGGAGGACAUGCCUAGUACACAUACCUCAACGUUACAGAGAAGGUCUAAGGAGCAUAAAGAGUCUUCUCCUGUGUCUCCACCUCCUCAACAGCCAUCAGAAAAGAGUAAAAGUGUGCAUAGUUUUCCAUUUAAAACAGAGACAAACAGUAAACACAAAGAUGGAAGCAGCAGCAGUGGGGAAAAGCAAUCUAAGAAGUUUGGCCUGAAGCUUUUCAGGUUAAGCUUCAAGAAGGACAAGACAAAGCAUCUAGCUACGUUUUCUGCCCAGUUCCCACCUGAGGAGUGGCCACUUCGAGAUGAGGAGACACCCACCACUGUUCCUAGAGAGGUGGAGAUGGAGAUCAUUCGUCGGAUCAACCCAGAUCUCACGGUGGAGAACCUGGCUCGCCACACAGCUGUAAUGAAGCGGUUGGAGGAGGAGAAGGCACAGAGGAACAAAGCAAAUUCCUCUGCACAGCAGAGUGCCCGCAGCAAGCGGAGCCGCAGCCAUCGAAAAGCCCAGCAGAGCAAGGCCUCACGUUCUCAUAGUAAAACACGUGCAUCCAGGGGGGAUCCAUCUGAAGGACCCAAUCUAGACAUAACCUAUGACCGGGAUUACAGAUUCUACAGCUCCUCGUUGGUACGCUCUCCACGUGAAACCAUGAUGUCCAUGGAGCGAAACAGAGGAAAGUAUAUGGUUCACAGCAACCCCAACAUUGUAGAGUCUCACUUUACCACUGCUCCAGAGUGGGAUGUUUCUGGCGAACUGGCAAAGCGGAGGACAGAAAUGCCAUUCCCAGAACCCUCUAGGGCACAGUCACACUCCAAAGUCCACCGGAGUCAUAGUCAUACUCAAGAGAGAAAGUCACGUAAUGAGAGGUCGGACAAGGCCAAAGAAAGGUCACGCUCCAUGGACAACUCCAAAGGGCCACUUGGUGGUCCGUACUUAGGUCCUCCAGAGGACUUUGAGUGCAGUCCUGAUGACAGAAGUCGGUACUACACUGACGAUGGUACUUUGAGGGCAUCCGCGCAGGCAAACCACUAUUCUCGCAUCAUGCUCUCUGCUGCUAGAUUACACUCUGAUGUUUGUGUGCCUGAUGUAGGAAGAGGAUCCUCAGAGGAUGCAGUGCAUUACCGGACGCUGGAGAGAAGUAAAAGCAGAGAUAGUCUUCCUGCUUACAACGACCUGAAGUCUUGCUCUCCCAAAGCACCUGUGGACGACUAUUUCCAGUGCACUGCAGCAAAUGAAGUCUCUCUCUCUGCUCCAUCUUCUCUUAUAAAACCCAGUCAUGACUUUACAGAUAGUGUCUGGAAGGGGAUUUCUUCAGAGCGACUUACCCCACAUCUUACACCACCUCACCCUGUAGAAUAUAAAGAGGAGACAGCAAAGGGACAAAGUAGUAUUUCUGUAGCGUCAACGAGCCAAACUCCAGAGCAUCUCCCCAAUGGACGAUUGUUGCACCAACACAAUCCCGACUCAGGUGAUUUGGACAAAGUGCCAGAGGUUUACAGCCAAGAGACUCUGUUCAAAUCUCCAGACUAUGUGGAAAGCAGCUUCUCUAGGCCAGGUACGAUAGGUAAGUCCCCUCACACAAAGUCAGCAGAAGUCCUGGAGACUCAGGAGCUUUUUGAUAAACCUCUACCACUGACCGUGCCACCAUCCUCAGCUCAGGAGCAAGCCUCAUGUGCGGAAACCACCUUUGACUAUUACAACGUGUCAGAUGACGAUUCGGAGGAGACUAGUCAUAAGAACAGAGUAGAGGAGAAGGUCAGAGAAGAGGGAGGGACAAUGCAGUGGCUGCUGGAACGGGAGAAAGAGCGGGAUUUGCAGCGGAAGUUUGAGAAGAACUUGACCUUUCUAAGUCCUAAGGAAGGUGAGAGCAACAACAGCCAAAAAUCUGUCCAUUCUACCCGAUUGGACAGUAUGGACUCCAGCAGUGUGACUGUGGACAGUGGAUUUAAUUCCCCACGCACGAGGGAAAGCCUUGCUUCCAACACCUCCAGUAACGUGGAAAACAGCAGGCGGCAGAACAUGGCUUUGAGUCCAGGACACAUGGGCACCAAAAGACCCCCUCCACCCUACCAGCCACCCAGCUUCCGCACCGUCCGAGAGCCGCCCGCGAACCGGACCGAGAAACAGGCCUCCAUCACCAGCGUGUAGAGAGACGCCGAACACGAAACACCACACCAGGACUGUUACCGUCACGCAGGCAGGACAUUCUGAGCUCGCGUUCAUUUCAGAAACCAUCCCACCGGAGGUAUCUUUGUCUCUUUUUGGAUAUUUCUAACGAAGGAACGAACACUGCUGCAGACUAACGAGUCGCUUGGUUCAUGGUGUGUGGGAUCAAAUCCAUAUGUAGGUGUCCUUUAUAGCUCAAUGUGUCCACUACGGGUCUCGACUGUCUUCUGAUCCAAACUUCUGAUGCCUCUUCUUCAUCCGUCGCUGUGUCCGGUGUUUCAUUCUGUACGCUCAGGUCCCUCUGAACUCCAACUGAACCAUAUAAAGGCCACUUAAAAUCUCCCUGGAAAUCUGAACAAGCUCUUGUGUUUUCACUGGAUUCGGUUUAGCGCGUCCUUGUGUAUCGUCCGGCGUCCUGGGAAUUUUUGUUCUGGGAUGAAACUUUAAUGAAACAUACCACCAUCAUGGCAUUAUUUGUUUAUAUACUUUAAAAAACACCAAUUCACAUACUACUGGUGCUUUCGCAUUGAAUGGACCAUUUAAUAUUAACAAACAACCAACAAAAAAACUGAACUUGGAAUCCAUUUUUUUUCUUUCCUGCCGAUUUUCUCUUUUAACCAGGUGCUCAACGACUAGACGACACAGAAUACACACAUUACUACCUCCACUAUUUGUACAGUCGUAUAGAGGGAGACAAGAGUGACGUCCAUCCCCCCUUUAGGACCGCCGUUUUAGACAAACCACUAUCAGCUUGCGAAAUGUGAAUGUACUGCUAGUGCUUUUUCAGUCACAUCUCCAUCAUCCUACUGUUCUCAUAAUGCAGGUAGAGCCAAAUCUCAUUGUACUAGAGAGGAGACUGUGUAGAGUUCGGAUUCAUGUAGGACCCAUAUAGAGUGGAGAAUUUAGACCUUCAUAUCUCUGAUACGUCCAGUUACUUAUGUUCAGUUGUUUAUUGUUAUUAUUAUGAUUAUUAUUAUUGCAAUUAGUUUCUUUCAAGUUCUUUUAGUACACAAAUUCAUGGUGAGCAUUAGAACAAUAUUUUGCUGAUUCUUGUGAUGUGGGGCAAAACAUGUCAGGUUUUAUCUGUCGAUUGAUUUCUAACAAAUUGAUCAUUUCAAGACUAAUCAAAUGUGACAUUUAUAAAACAUUUCUGUUUCAAUUAAAUGCUGUUCUUUC